AUGAUAUCUUCUAGAAAGGUUGAAGAGGAUGAAUAUGAAGACGGAACAUCUAACCAAAAAUGGGUUUUAGCUCCAAAAACACAAGACACAGAUGUGACACUCAUACUAAACAAGCUGUUGAGAGAGUAUGACAAAAAGCUACGGCCAGAUAUUGGAAUAAAACCAACAGUUAUUGAUGUUGACAUUUAUGUCAACAGCAUUGGUCCUGUAUCAUCAAUAAAUAUGGAAUAUCAAAUUGAUAUAUUUUUUGCCCAGACGUGGACAGAUAGCCGUCUUCGCUUCAACAGCACCAUGAAGAUAUUGACUCUGAACAGCAACAUGGUUGGCUUGAUCUGGAUCCCAGACACGAUAUUUCGUAACUCGAAGACGGCGGAGGCUCACUGGAUCACCACCCCCAACCAGCUCCUCCGCAUAUGGAAUGACGGCAAGAUCUUGUACACCCUCAGGCUUACCAUCAAUGCUGAGUGCCAGCUGCAGCUGCACAAUUUCCCAAUGGAUGAACAUUCAUGUCCACUGAUAUUCUCUAGCUAUGGCUAUCCUAAAGAGGAAAUGAUUUACAGAUGGAGGAAAAACUCAGUGGAGGCUGCUGACCAGAAGUCUUGGAGGCUCUAUCAGUUUGACUUUAUGGGUCUUAGAAAUACUUCAGAAAUUGUGAAAACCUCUGCAGGUGAUUAUGUAGUCAUGACUAUAUACUUCGACUUAAGUAGAAGAAUGGGAUACUUUACUAUUCAAACAUACAUUCCCUGUAUAUUAACAGUUGUUCUUUCCUGGGUAUCCUUUUGGAUUAAAAAAGAUGCCACACCAGCAAGAACAGCAUUAGGCAUCACCACAGUAUUGACCAUGACAACUUUGAGUACCAUUGCGAGAAAGUCAUUACCCCGUGUCUCCUAUGUCACCGCUAUGGAUUUGUUUGUGACUGUAUGCUUUCUAUUUGUCUUUGCUGCUCUGAUGGAGUAUGCAACCCUCAACUACUACUCAAGUUGCAGGAAACCAAACUGUACUAAGAAGAAAAAGUCGCUACCUGAUGUCAGUUUUGGUCAUGUGAUGAAUUAUUCUGUACUUGAUAUGAGACCACCAACUACAGUCAUCACAUUGAACAAUGCCAUGUAUUGGCAAGAAUUUGAAGAUGCGUGUGUCUAUGAAUGUCUGGAUGGAAAAGACUGCCAGAGCUUUUUCUGUUGUUACGAAGAGUGUAAAUCAGGCUCAUGGAGGAGAGGACGGAUUCACAUAGACAUCUUAGAACUGGACUCUUACUCUAGGGUCUUUUUUCCUACAUCUUUCCUGCUGUUUAACCUGGUCUACUGGGUUGGAUACCUCUAUCUUUAA